AUGUCAAUGCAAUUCAACCGCACAAUAAUUUUUCCAAAUAUUACAUUUUGUAUGAGUAAAAGACAAGCAUGGAGCCACUUUGGCAAUUUUGGGGAUUCUAGCGAUUCUGGCAAUUUUAGCAGCAAUUUUGGAAAUUUUAGCAGCAAUUCUACUUUAACGACUUCAAACAGAGAAUGGAACUCUGAAGUUGAGCAAAUACUUGCCAAGAUGCCAAAUCAUGACUCUUUUAUGAAUUCAAGUGGGUGGCCCCAAGAGCUCAUUAUGAGUGCUUAUGAGGCAAUAGCAACACUAAACUCGCUAGAACGAGAAAAGAUUGAUUCACAAACUUUGGCUGAUAUUAAAGCGUUCCAAGGCAAUCCGAAACAUCAAGGAUUGCGAACCUUAGUUAAAAAAUGGCUAGCUGCAAUUGCCGAACGCAAAGUUUCAUUUAAAGAUUUUACUCAGAAAGUUGGAAUUGAAACUCUAGAAAAGUCAAAAAAUUAUUUUAUGAGAACAGGCUUUAAUGAUUCUGACAAUUUUACUACAUUAGUUCACAUUUCUUGGCUGUCUAACAAACAACUAUGUUUCCAACCUCUGUUUCCUAAUGCGGAGAGUUUCAAACCUAUUGAAGAUCAAGGCAAAUUCUUCCAAAUGGAGUUGGUACACAACCCUAGUGCCUUAAAUGAUAGUAAACAAGCAGAAGAGUGUAUGUCCCUUGAUCUUCAUGGACGUCCUACUACUAUGGCCAAGCAUAUGGAGGGAAAGGGACGUUCUAAGGAUGGAACUACUGAAGGGCUAUGUCUUGGGCGUGUACACGAAACUAAAGUAGAGAUACGUGGGCAUUACAUAAUGCUCGAAAAUGAUGAUGAAGCAACCGCUUGCAGAAAUUAUGAUGAUGUUGACGAUGCUGAAGUUAACGAAUUUGAAUGUAGAAGUCGUUGCAGGAUGCAGAUGAUUAGGGUAAUUCUCGUUAUUAAUUAAACACUUGUUAGUACCGACAGGGUGAGGGAUAUAAAGGACGAUAUACAUAUUAUCAGUACUGUCAGUACUGUAAGGAUGAUUCACCUAGCGAUCUAGAAGAUAAAAGAGAAAGCAUUAUUCGAUGCCCCGAUAGCUCAGUGGUCGAGCUCCUGUAUAUGACUUGCUAAACUCAUUCUGUACUUGACCAAGUAUCAGAACUUGAAUCUUGAUCUAGGACACUUUUAGGGGAUUUACGGGUUGCUUUCCAUUGGGUAGAUCAGCUGACUUGGGUAGAAGGAAUACUGAAGGGGUAAACAUGGGCUUACCCUCAAUAUAAGAUUCAAGUUCCCCGCAAGGGUGUAUCUUAUGGUAUAAAUCCGUAUCUGAUUGCAGUAUAUUUAAAA